AUGCGCGUCGCAACACUCUUCACGGCCAUCGGCCUUCUCUCGUCACUUGCACUGGCCACGCCACAGACUCCUCAGUAUGAUCCCCCUUUCUCACGUCUUGCUUUCCUGGAGGGAGAAACUAAUGGAUCCAUAGACAAAGUGCCGACGUCAAGAAACAACUCGAAGACUACCUCAAGGCAAUCAUCACCGAUCCCGCCGUCGGAUCCGCCAUCUCAGCAGUCGCAACCGACUCUGCAGCAUUAAAGAGCGUCCAAGAAUGGCAAGCUUCCAUCACCGCUGCUGGUACACCUCUCUCCCUUUUUCUUCCCUUUUCCCCUCCCCUUCCCUUUUCCCCUCCCCUUCGCCUUUCCUCUCACCUCCCUCCUCUCACCUCCACACAAACCAUCUAACACCCCCCCAGCAGCCAAACAAUCCGCCGUCCCAUCCGACUACCUCAACGGCCUCCCCAGCGGCCUCCGCUCCGUCUUCGCCUCCGUCGCAAGCGCCGAGAACGAUAUCCUCACCAAGAACGGCUUCUCGAAUAUCCUGCCUACCGCUACGGCUGCGACUACCGCGGGUGCGUCGCCGACCUCGACGAGGAGUAAGGCGGCGGCGGCGGAGACGGCGGUCGGAAGGAUGGGUAUCUUGGCGGGUGUUGGGGCGGUGUUGGGGGGGUUGGCUGUUUUGUAG